UGGCAGGCGCACGGCACCGUGCUGCGCCAAGGACCCCGGCUAGCGAAUCCUCCUCCCGCCGACCCUGGCCACGCUGGCGCCCUGCAUCCCAGUGAGUGUGGCCCCUGCAAAGCCACCCGCCAUGUCCGCCGUGGCACCUGCUCUGAGCGCCAGCGGGCUGGGGGAAGCGAAGGAACCUGGGGCUCGGCCUGGGGACAAGGGGGCAGAAGACAGAGCUGGCGGUGGAUGGACCUUGCCUGCACUCAGGAGCCCCCAGUGCCCACAGCCGGCUAUGGAGGGCCCAUCAGUGCUGAGCCCAUCCUCCUGGGAGAAACGGCGGGCCUGGGCCCGGCAGAGCCGGUGCUGGCGCACCACCGUGGUGGAGGACGAGGCCGCGGCUGCCAUGCAAGAUGCCCCCGAACUGCAGCCCCCGCACCUGGACGAUGUCUUCCUGGAAGGAAGCUCAUCCAGCAAGAUCCAGACCUGGCUUCAGGACUGUGGACACAGGUCAUCCAUGGAGAACCCCGCCGAAGAGCUCGGCGUGCCUGGCCCUUAUGGAGGUAGCAGCCAUGUCACCAGCUUUGAAGACGACUUGACACUGGGGGCAGAAGCUCUGCUUCUUCCGAGGAAUGACAGAGCCUCUGGCCGGGCCCUGCUGGAGAGCCCCUGGGCCAAGCGACACCUCCACCUUGGGCAGAGCAUGGCAUCCAGCGCGCUCUCCACUGGUACCAACAAGACCAGCUCCAGCAUCACGGAGAUCCUGGAGAGGUGCCAGGAGGACGCGGAGGAGAUCCUCUACAACCUGGGCUUCGUGCAGGACGAGCUGCAAGCCGCGGCCCGCAUCCCCGCCCGGUUCUUCGCUGCUCCCUCCCAGGCCCGGGGCAUCGACUUCCAGCUCUUCCUGAAGGCCCAAGUGCAGCGCAUGGAGAUGGAGGAUCCCUGCCUGACGCUGGCUAGCCGGUUUCAGCAGGUGCAGGCACUGGCCGUGACAGCGGACGCUUUCUUCUGCCUCUACUCCUACGUCUCGAAGACCCCGGUGCAGAAGAUUUCACCCGCCCGCUUUUUCUGGGCCUCCACGGACAUCCCCGACCUGCGGGUGGUCCCGGCCAAGCCGGAGGCCCUGUCACCUGUAGACCGGCUCAAGAAAGCCGUGUCCAAGAUGUGCCUGUACACCUCGCCCAAGGCCGAGAAGUCGCCUGGCGGAGACGCUGGGUGCCGCCGCAGCAGCCUGGGCCAAGUGGUGCAGGAGGUGAUGGAGAGGACCCGGGAGAGGUGGUUUUGCUUCGACCGAGCCAACAUAGAAGGCAUGAAGUGGGCUGCACCCAAGGGGUCCCUGAGCUGGUGCCAGGGCCCCUGCAGGGCAGAGCCAACGGCUGGGGAUAUUUCACUGCCUCUCUGCCAUGGAGGCGAGGCCACCCCAGCUCCUUCAUCAGGGAAGAGCAGGCUCCCUGCAGUGUCGGGGCUGCACUGGGACCCCGUGGGACCUGUGGCCGGCACAGACUGGGGACACGUGGAGGAGCUGGGUGAUUCAGGCUACCGGGACACCCCAGGCUGCACUGCAGGACAGAAGAUCAACUUGGGCAGUGCCGCUCCAUGGGCUAGCAUUGCCCCAUUGCCCGGACUGUGCCACGAGGCCACAGACACUGGCAGGAGGACAUGGGGGCACAGAGAAGGCCACGGAGGGGGUAUGCUGCCUGACACCUGCAGCUGGGAUCACUCAGGCCUCAUGCCUGCCCUGUGGGGCCCGCCAGGAGCUGACGCCGGUGGGGGCUUUCUGAGCAAGGACCGGUGGCAGAUAGAGGACAAACCUUCAUGGGGCCAGCCAGCCUGUCCCCAAGCCCAGGAGGUGGCCAUGCCCUCCUGGGGGGAGACUCCGGCAUCAUGUGCCACAGGUGGCCGUGCCCUCUGGGUGCCAGAGCCGUCUCUCCCGAUGGCGGAGUCCUUCGAAAUGGAAGAGGUGCCGAGUGCGAGUGAGGACGAGGGAGACGCGCCCGCGGCGGAGGCCGACCCUUCUGCUCCGGCCCUCGUGGAGCCUCGGAAACGUCUGAUGCUGCAUGCCACCAGCUCCCGCUCCGACAGCAGUGGCUUCGUGGAGGAGCCAGCGCCCGGGCGGACGCCCACGGCCCAGCUCACGGAUCCCCUGCUGCCCCCGGGGCAGGCGGUGUAGGGGCAGGACCCCCAGCUGAGAGAGGAAGAUCCCAGCCGCACGCUCCACCUGCCUGGCGGGUCCCCGUCCCCCGCGAGAGCCCCAAAGGCUCUGUCCUCUGUGUUUCUGGUCAUGAGCUCUAGCUGCCAGUUCUGGUGUAUCCCCUGCUGGCUCCCACACCAGGAUAUACAGAGGUCCCUGCCCCAGCCCGUGUACCCCAGGGGGACGGUCACGGUGGCACUAGCACUUUGGAAAGCACAACACUAGGCUGGCUGGAGCCCCGCCUGGGCCCAGCCCCUGCACACUGUAAAUAAAGGCACCGGAGAG